AUGACUGAAUACAGCAAGAAAGUAGAGUUCCUUAAAGGUUUAAUAGAAACACAGAAAAUGGUGAGACAGAUCAAUGUUUUGAAAUCUUAAGAUACGCAUCUGUUGUUGCAUUCAAAUGGGAAAAAUUAUUGUUUAGGAAUAACUAGGAAAUGCUUUUCAUCAGAGAAUAUACAAGUACAAUAAAUUGUAUAUCAUUUGUAUGUUACCGGUAAGUAUUUUACCAUUAGUUGCAUGUAAGUGUGGACACGAGAUAAAAAAACAUGUUCUUAUAGGGUGCCUGACAUGCCGUUAUAGCAAACUGUCACACCAAAGGUAAUUUGUUUAUAUGUUCUUGAUUGGCGUGGUCUGCUCAUAUUCCAUUUACGUUUACACGUGACUUUCCGUUUAUUGUCUUCUGUUUUAUUUAUGUGAGUAAAACUUACAUGCAUAUGCACGUAAAAAUUAUGGGACAGUGGAAAUCCACCAUCAGUCAUAAGGGGAAAAUCCAGGCACCCUUCAAUUUCUACUGGCUCUGAAAAUACCUUGAUAAUUUAGGUUUGUUAGAAGCUCUCACAUUCUCUUUUCCAAGGGUUUGUUCCCUUUAAUUUUCUAUUGCAGUUAUUGUAUAUCCAUGUAAAAUAAGACUUACCUUCACUUUGUUUUGUAGAAAUCACCAACAGAAAAACUUCUCGCCAGUCGGCAGUUAGUGCGUCCACUGAGUCAAACAUCAAAUGCACAGACCACAGAGGCAGACAAAGGACAAACAGUAAACAGAGCACAAGAACUUCACAUCAGAGCAAAGUCACAGAUUAAUAAAGAGAUGAGAAGUGAACUUCUGGGAGAAGGUGAGAAUAAUGCAGCUAACAAUAUUUCACUUCUGAUACAAUGCACUUGUAAGUUGGUUUAUUUGAUAUUUAUUUUUGUUGAUUUUUGUAAGGAUCAUGCACAUUACUGGCUUACAUUCCUCGACACAUUACAAAGGUUUUCUUAGCCCAAUAUUUUCACAAAACUAAGGACUUUCAGGGCACCUUAUCAUGGCACAUUCAUUUUGCCUUGUUUUUGGUCAUUUUGUGACAUGAAAUACUUUGGUUUUUUUAAGUAAAUUGAAUAAUAAAUUUAAUUUAUUUAUUAGUGUUAAGAGUUAACAAGGAACCUUGCUUAUUUUCCAGACAAUAAGAAAGACAAUCAUGGACUGCGAAACAGGUGACUGAUUAUAUAAUAUUAUUUCACUUGCAUAUUACUAGUUUGGUCCCUUAGUCGCUGUAACAAAUAACUCUUUAUUUUCAAAUCCCUCAUAAUCACUCUGUUUGCUCCCAAUGCAACACUUGGCAUAAACUAUAGUCUUCAAAUGCUCCUGGGAGAACUGUGUAGUUCCAAGGGCUUCUGAGAACAAAAACUUUAUCGGUGAUAAAAUUGUUGAAACAUUGUACUCAAAUAGGGUAACUUCAGAGAACAAAAGAAUGCGCACCCUUUCCCCCCUACACAAUUCAAAGUUGGGGUGUUUGUUGUUUUCUGUACGUAGCUUGAACAGCAGCACAACAUUGCAUGGAGCAGAUGGGGGAGGAAAAGCUUUAUUUUCACCUUUUGAAGUCAGUAAAACCUCAGAAAGCCCCUUUAGGGCAAAGUGUCUCUACUAAUUUUGUCACCAUUAUUGUAGGGAGGCAAACAGAGUGUAUUAUGUGGAAACUCCAAAAAUAAAAGUCAAUGGAAACAAAUCCCUGAUAGCAAGUCAGUAUGACUUUUUAACUAUGCACAGCUGGUGUCAACUUAAUAUUUUCUGCAUCAUGAAUUGUUUGUUAGUGAUGAACAAUCUGCCUUUUAUAGCCUGUGUUCCAGCUCCUUCCCACACAUUGUCUAAACCCUCAGAGUGUGUUCCAUUUGAAUGAUCCAAAUAAGGAUCAGUGACUUGUGAUCACUCAGAAUAUAGCACAUCAAAGGACUCAAUGAAUCAACCCUGGGAAAGGAUUCAUUAGUUCACUUGAUGUACCAUUGCCUAGUUUCAAAUCGAGAGGUGCUGGAUAUGAGUCAGUUUACUAUGGGCUAAAUAACAUGAGACCUAUAUAGUCAGAAAGAGUGAAUUAGCAAUAUUCUCAAGUUUCGUGUUUAUUGGGCCUAUUUUGGAAGAUAUAAAUAAAUGUAAGGACGAUGUGACCGGCAAUCCGUACAUGUACAUCUCUUAUAAAAGUGAUUUUCAAGUUUACAGAUAGCUGUAUCCUGCUCGAUAUUGGCGUGAUCGACACCACACUUUCAUAACCUCAAUGUACUUUUUCUGACCAUGUGGAUCUCGUGUUGUUUAUCUCAUAAUAAACUGACUUGUACCCAGCCCCUCUCAAUUUGAAACUAGGUAAUGGCCGAGUGAUCUCUAACCUGGAUCAUCCCAAAGGAACUCACCCUUAGUCUAUACAAGCUGUACAUGUAGUGUCUGCCAUGCAGGCUACUUGUUUUUGACAAUCUUUUUUCUUGAAGAUUAACAGGCAACAAGAAAAGUGAUGCAAAUGAUGAAAGCAUUGACUCAGUUCUACAAUACCAUCAGAACUUACAAGAAAAUGUAGCAGAGGAAAUGAUAAAAAUGGCUCAGCAUAUAAAACAUACAUCUGUCAUGGCCAGCAACAUUAUUAAAGAAGAUAACAAGGUUACUAGGAUGUUUGUCCUUUAAUAACAGUAAAUAACAAAUUAUUGGAUGAGGUCUUUUCCUGACAUCUGAACAGACUAGGUCAAGUAAAUAAUGUUAUUGGCUGUAGCUGAUAACUCUUACUGAGACUUUGAUUAUUGCGAAUACCGUAUUUCUUUGAAUAAUAGCCGUCCAUCAAUUAAUCGCCUUCCUUGAAUAAUCGUCCCCCACCCCUGAUGGAAAUGUUUAAAAUAAUCGCCUCCCUAUAGGUUACCCAAUAGGGAUAGCCAUUGUGGAACUUGGAGGAUGGAGCUAAAGUGGAGUCUGACUAAGCAAAACUGAUCAGUGAUGAUUCAAGCUCAGACACCUCGGAAAUUCACAGCAAAAAAUCAAUCAAUUAGGAACCAAAUUUGAAACACUUUAAAUGCCAAUGUUCAGUUUAUCUGAUGUGAUCAUUUUUUUAUUUAAUGGGAAAAUAGAACAAAUAUUUGGGGCAUGACUUCUAGUCAGCAAUAUUUGAAAUAGUCACCUCCCUUGAAUUAUCGCCUUCCCUUGAAUAAUCACCCCCAGCUAUUAUUCAAAGAAAUACGGUAUCCAAUGAGAAUUGUUUUAUUAUACACGGUUGUGAAGAAAAUAGUGUUAUGAUGAACACAUUGUCCUUGAAUACCAAGCUUUGUGAACACAAUUUGAAGGCUGUCAUAUAUAUGAUCAGCUACCAAGGUGACCCCUGGCCUACUGUUAUAAAUUUAACAGAAUAAAAAUAGAACCAAAUGAAAUCUCUACCUGUUUGAUUCCCUGCUUGCUUGUUUCCUGCAACUUGAAAUCUUAGUGACAGCCAUAUAAAUUUGUAUCACUAAGUUUCUUUACUAUUGUAGAGACGAAUUACCCAAAUUUUUUGUGGCAAAACCACUGCCAAGAAUGCAAAAAGUCCACUUUUGGUUGACGUGCAUUAUUCCAAACAAUGUUGUUUAAAAGCUACGGUAACAUGGUUUUUCAGAAUUGUUGAUGUGGACUUAAGUUAAGGCUUUAAAAUGGCUCCUAUAAAGGAUAAUGCCUCAGCCCGAAGGCCUUGUUAAAGAUAAUGACCGAGUGCCCGAGGUCAUUAUUUUUAACAAGGCCUUGGGCCAAGGGGUAUUAUUUAAUGUACUUUUCCACUGUUUUAGAACCAGCAAGUCAUAAUUAGGAUCUCUUGUCCCACCAGAGUGACCUGGGCUUUAAUUUACUGAAAAUUAUAAGUAAUGUUUAAAACAAAUAGGAAUGUGCAUUAAUAACAAGGAAGGCGUAUUUACAAAUCGGUCAGUUUAGAAAGGCUCCAUGUAAAUACAACAGAGAUAAACUUUGAAAAACUUACUGUUCAAUUUUGUGUUUUGUUUUUUAGACCUUGGAGCAGUCAACAAAGCUUGCAGAUUCAAAUUUUGAGAAACUAAAACGAGAAUCAGAAAGACUUGAGGAAUUAACACAGACACCAUGUUCCUGGUGGAUCUGGAUUAUGAUAAUUACAGUCUGUAUUGUGUUUAUGUGGAUGAUUAUAUUUAUUAGACUUUUCCCAAGGAAGUGA